UCGCAAUAAAUAAUGUAUUGUAAAGUUUACCAUGUUUUGCCUCUGUCCAUGAAGUACUUUAGCAGCUACAGCUCCAUGUACUUUCUUGUUUUUUUUUGAAUCUUGAUGUGAUACAAUUACGACAACGAUCAUGCGUUUCACUGUGUAUGUAAUUCGUUUAAUGACCUUUGGACGUCCUGCCUGGCCAGACAAGCCUGGACGAACAAUAGACUAUCGAUGUCGAACACUCUUCCUGCAUUGGCAUCAAGCUCCGAAGAAGUGCAGGAGUUGCCUGCUCUGAAUUUCUUAGGUCCGCCCGGAACAUAUUCCCAUCAAGCGGCGUUUGACGUUUUUGGUGAUUCUGUCCGUUAUGUCGCAAAGCAGACCAUCACUAGUGUCUUCGAGUCUUUAUCGCCCGAGCUGCCCUUUGGUAUCAUACCCCAAGAAAAUAGUACCAAUGGGUCGGUGAUCGAAACUUACAACCUACUCCGAUGCGAAUCCGCCGGUCGAGAUAGUUUUGUGAGAGGGGAGACAAACCUAUCGAUCAAACACUCCCUGGUAGUUCGGAAAAAUGUCAAAAUCGAGGACAUCGAACAUGUUUUCAGCCACGAACAAGUGAGAUCACAUACGUCUCCCUUCUUGUAUAUAACACAUCUUGAUGCAUCACUGCAGGCUUUAGGCCAAUGUAAGGCGUUUUUGAAAGGACACCUUCCAAGAGCGUCGCUUGUGCCGACAGACUCGACUGCGAGCGCUGCUCGUGCAUUGCUCAACGCACCGUCCGAGAGCUUUGACCCCUUCAAGAGUGCAGCGAUCUGUUCAACGGUCGUGACUUCGCUGUUUCCUGGCCUGGAAGUGUUGCACACUGGCAUCCAAGAUGGAGAGUCCAACAUGACGCGCUUUUAUAUCGUAUCCUAUGGCGCCGACGCUCGGGUCCCAUGGCAAACGCCACCCAUCUACCAGAAGCGUGCUCUGAUCCGUCUCUUACCUGACAGAGACUCUUUGGCAUGGGAUUUUUCCCGGGCGAUCAAGGCACUCAACAUACCCAUCUCCCGCAUAGACCGACGACCAUCCCUAUCUUCAGCCACCUUCCAUGAUGUAUACUUUCUUGAAGUGUUUGCCGAAGGGGGAGAAGAAAGUGAUAUUACCUGGUUCGAUCGUGUGAACCAGGCUGUCGAAAGAUUAAGGCAAGGGGGUCUGGAAUCCACAAUUCUGGGCAUAUGGUAGUACAGAUAUUCGUGUAGGCCAGAAUUACAAGUAUAUUCGUUUCAUGCAAGGUCUACUUGCGCAAUAUCGUGUCAUAAUAAAUUUUCGAAAUCCAUCCGUUAAGCACGCGAAGCCGAGAAACAGGAGAGCCUGAAGUUCACAAUCUAGACCUCCCACCGAUGCACAUAGUUCAGGAGGCAGUACCCUUGAUUAAUUCAUCGGCUCUUUCCGAACGAGGUAUAAAGCGACAUUUGAAGGGCUUGGGUCGG